GUUCGUCGUCUGGACGCCGCGCUCAGACGUCCAUUAACAGAGCUGGAAGCUGGAAGCCAAGUAGCUUGCAGAAUCGACAAUAUCAUAGAGCAUAUCUGCCCGAAAAGGACGCUACUAUCGCAAUAACGCCAACAACAACAGCAACAACAACACCACCAACAACAACGGCAGCCUCUCGAGACAGCAGAAUCCAGCAUGUCCAUAAACGGCACCGCCAACGCGGGAGAGCGUCAUGGACUACUAUCUGCGGACUGGGCGGACUGGGCCGAACUGGGAGCCAAGCCAGGCACGAAGUACCUGCUGCUGGCUCUCGCGAGCUGGUUCCUUUACCGCACUCUGUUCUUCGUCAAGAGCCGGCCCAUGCUUCCCAUCACAAUGCCGCUCGACAUCAUUCUCACCACCGUGUGUGUGACCGCCGGCGGAACGCCUCAGAAACUCCGAAACCUCUUCCGGCGAUAUGGCGGCCCUCUGUACGGAUUCACCGGCAAGCAUCAAGUCAUAUAUGACCCCAGCAUCAGCGGGCCGCUCUUGACCAACGGCCAGCCCAACCAUUCCCUCGAGUCCAGGACGGUGAUGUGGAGCCUUUUCAUGCGCGUCGGGGGGACUGGCAAGAAAGAAGGCGAGGCGCUGCACACGAAGUGGCAGGCCUCGUACAAGGACCUGCUGCUUGUUCUCGAACGAACCUUUCUCAACGAGCACGGCGCGGCCAACACGUUGACGGCAGGGAACAUCCCGCACAGAAUAGCCAACCUGGUGUCGUACGUCGACGGGAGUGACAAGACGGCGCUCAGAGGCUGGGAGCGCACCGCGGACGUCAAGGUCAUCCGGCCCGACACCCCGGAACAGCCAGGCAUCGUAGAGCUCGACUUGAUGAACCUGCUCCGAGACUUCGGAGCCCACCUGGCCAUCUCGCUCCUUUUCGGCGAGGAGUGGCUGGCAAAGUACCCGGAAUGCAUCGAGGACCUCUGGAAGUUUGAGGAGCAGGUCCUCUUCCUGAGCCUGGGUCUGCCGAGAUGGAUUCCGCUGCGGUCCUUUCAAGAGGGCGACUUCGCCCGCAACCGCAUCACGGAGCGCGUGGGCGACCUGUUCCGGCGCAUAUCAGACUACCAAGACGGGGCCAUCGGCGGCGACGACCUGAGCGACGUCCCAGCCGUCUCGUUCGGACGCAGCGAGGUGUUCCGCAAGCACGACGUCAGCCACUACCACCGCGCCGUGAUCGAGACAAGCCUGCUGCUGGGCCAGAACAGCAACACGCAGCGCGCCACGUCGUGGCUCAUCAUCUUCAUCUGCUGCACCCCAGGCCUGCUUGAGCAGCUCCGCGACGAGGUGGCCCCGUACGUCGUGGUCGAACGCGACGCGGCCACGGCCCGCCACGAGAUCAAGACGUUCGACCACGUCUCCAUCCACAACAAGUGCCCGCUGCUCAAGGCGGCAUUUUACGAGACGUUCCGCCUCACGAACGAGACUGCCUCGGUGCGCCACGUGUCCAAAGCCGUCGAGGUCCCCAUGUCCACGGGGGAGGGCCCGGACAAGUCGUCCAAGACGCAUACCCUGCCGCAGGGGAGCUGGGUGACGAUCCUCCACCAUCUCGUCCAGCACGACCCGGCCAUCUUCCCGGACCCCAAGAAGUUCGUGCCCGAUCGGUUCCUGCAGACCGAUCCCAGCACGGGGGCCAAGGUCGCGCGGCCGGGCUGCAUGAAGCCGUGGGGGAUCGGCUCCGGCAUGUGCCGCGGCCGGACCUACGCGGAGAAGCAGGUCCUGGCCAUCGCGGCGGCCUUUAUCACUCUCUACGAAGUCCAACCUGAGGGCGGCAAGGAGGGUGUGCUGACGGUGCCCCAGGGCUUGCCGGGCACGGGGACGAAAGUGCCCAAGGGGGGCAUCCGGGUGAGACUGAGGAGGCGGGAGUUUGAAUGAGUGAGGUCGUGUUACAAAAAGACUAUUGGAGUCCUCUUGGGAAAUUAGUGGUGCGCUUUACUUGAGCAUAUAGCACGUCCUCAUAUUGUAGCGCACCCGAGGUGAUGGUCAUAGACCUCUGGACAACUCCAUGCUCUUGGGGUGUAGGCGAACGAUAAAAGUCUGAUUCAUUGCUGUUAAGUUGUGUCUUUUUGCGUAGUCAUAUAUUUGGCGAAGCCCUAUAGCAUGAUUUCGUUCUAUCGUUUCCCGUCUGAUACCCGUCAUUGACCCAACGGUGGUUAGGUACGCAGUUUUUGCAUAGAGAAAACGUCACUCUC